UCUCGACACACAGCUGUAUAUACGCUUGCGCUUUCUAUUUUCACACAGAUCUGCUAAUGCAUCCAGAACCAAGUUGAAUUCGUUUAACACGUACAGCAAACGCAAUGAAAUGAAAUUUAGCUGGCUAAGCGAAUACUUGGCCAAUUUAAUAAACGCUAGUGCUUUACACGAGGCUGUCAUACGCCCAUUCACCGAGCUACGCCUGGAACUGCUGGGUCCGCAAGCCAUCUAUUGCCGCAUCAAGUCCACAUCAGCUGAAGCACUGGAGCAUUUACUGAUUGCAUGUGCGGUAUACUUGCUAGUAUGCCUGGGCCUCUACAAGCUAACCUUUUGGCUUUCGGCUUCCGUAACUGGCGUGCCAGAGGAAAGGAAGGAGCACCAUGGCAGCAACGGUGACAACGCCAGCAAUGGCUUGCGCAAUGCCCUGCAAAAUGGCCUGCGUUUGCGUAGCGUUCAUCUCCCCAAAUCGGCGUUAAUGGGUCGCGUUCUUUUGGUCAUCGCACAUCCGGAUGACGAAUGCAUGUUCUUUGGUCCGUUGAUCUACUCGCUGACACAGCGCGAUGGCUGUCAGGUGUACGUGUUGUGCCUGUCAAAUGGCAACUAUGAUCAGCAGGCGCAAUUCCGGCGAGAGGAGCUAUUUCGGGCAUGUAAACGUUUGGGCAUUGCUGAAUCGAAUGUUAUAUUAGUGAAUGCCACCAAUUUGCCAGAUGAUCCGAAUGUUGAAUGGCGAACGGAUGCGGUUGCCAGCUUUAUAUUGCAUACCGUUGAGAGUCUUGAUAUAAAGGCGAUAUUCACCUUCGAUCGCGAUGGGGUCAGCUCUCAUCCCAAUCAUUGUGCUGUGUAUUAUGCUGCCGCUUCUUUGUGCUUAGCCAAUUUAUUGCCUAAGGCUUGUAAGUUCUAUACGCUAGACUCGAUCAAUUUGGUACGCAAAUAUUUAUCGAUCUUUGAUUUGCUGUGCACCUGCUUUAUGUCCACGCAUUGGUGCAUACUCAGCUGGAAGGAGGCGUCUGUGAUCAGAGGCGCCAUGCUUGAGCAUCAGUCGCAAAUGAAAUGGUUCCGUUGGCUCUAUAUCUACACAUCGCGCUACAUGUAUAUCAAUUCAAUGCGCGAAAUAAACCUCUCGGAUGUCGAGUUGGAAAUGCAAAUUCACGAUCAUUAAAAACAAAGCAAGCAAGAAUACCAUGUUUUAUGAAAAGUUGAAUGAAUGCAUUGUGAAAAAACACCAAAAGAGAAACUACCUACAUGAAUGAACGCUUGACCGUAGCGCCAAGCUUAGCUAUUUUUUGAAACUGACGAUUCUACUAUAAUUAUAUAUAUGUGCUACCAUAACUUACAUUAUAGCGUAAGCGCUUUGUUCUAGCCAAAUUCAACUGCUUUUUGGUACAAACACAAAAAGUGGUAAAACAAAAAGAGUCAAAACCACCCAGGGAACAAGAAUUACGUAUAACCAGACAUAGAAACCAGAUGCAGUCCGGAAAUCAGUCACAGGCACUCUUACAUACCUACAUACAUAUCUUUGCAUAUUGAUUAGUUAGCUCUUAAAGACUUAUUUAUACUCAAAUGUCCAAAAGCGAUGCAGCUAAAGUGACAGAAAUGAACUGCACUAUGCUAUUGUUUAUGUUUACGAUUAUGUUAUGUUUGAUUAUGAUUAAUUUUCGUUAAUUUGUUGUGUGCACAUUGAUUCCUUUAGCAUACAAAUAAAAUGCACGUCUCAGUUUAGUUGCGUAUGUAAAUUUGUAAAAUAGUUUGUUGUAAGCAGCGAAGUACAAUAAUUUUUAUAAAUAUAAAACUUACGAACAGCUCGUUAAAUAGUCUAUAA